UGCCGUGGAUGCACCUCCAGCCCCUCAGCCAUGCCCGCACUCACGCUGUGUCUGCUGUGUGCCCUGGCAACGGCGGUCGGGCCUGUCUCUGCGGCCCCCGUGGGCAGCCUGGAGCCAGCCCAGCAUGAGGAGCUCACCCUGCUCUUCCACGGGGCCCUGCAGCUGGGCCAGGCCCUCAACAAUGUGUACAAGGCCACAGAGGCACGGCUGGUGGAGGCCAGGCACAGCAUAGGCCUCUACGGCCGUGCACUGGGGCUCCUGGGACAGGAGGUCAGCCAGGGCCGGGACGCAACCCAGGAGCUACAAGCAAGCUUGCUGAAGAUGCAGAGGGAAGAGGAUGCUCUGAAGCUGCAGGCGGAAGCUACAGCCCAGGUGCUGCAGGAGAUGGCCCAGGGACAGCAGGUGCUGCGGGAGCGCAUGCAGCAGCUAGAAGUCCAGCUGAGAGGUGCAUGGCUGGGCCAUGCCCACCAAGAAUUUGAGGCCUUAAAGGCCCAUGCUGACCAGCAAAGCUACAUUCUAUGGGCCCUCAAGGGCCACGUGCAGCGACAGAGGCAGGAGAUGGCGGCGCAGCAGCACCGGCUGCGACAAAUCCAAGAGAGGCUCCACACAGCAGCGCUCCCAGCCUGAGCCUGCCUGGCAGAAGUGAGGACGAGCCAUGCACCAAGGGACGUUUCCACGCCCCGCGCAGCCCCUGCACAGGGAGGAGAGCUGACCAUCUGCUGGGGUUGGCCAGGCCGCCGGCCCCGCUUCCGGCCACGGAGCAGACACAGAAGCAGGUGGAGAUGAAGGCAGAAGACACAGCCCCACUGAGGAGGGGGG